UUUAUUAGAAGCUGGAUAAAGAUGUGGUGGUCAAUAAUUGUUUUGACAAUUUUUUCAAGUCUCGUCAGCGGCAAUCCUAUAAGCGACGACGCCGUUCUCGAAUUGUCCGUGAUUCAUUUCAAUGAUUUCCAUGCAAGAUUUCAAGAAAUUAGUAAAUCCGCAGGAACCUGCACAAACCCAACGUCCUGUAUAGGAGGCUUUUCUAGGCUGUACCAGCAAAUACAAACUUUGCUGGCAGAACAACCCGACUCUGUGUUGCUCAGUGCAGGCGAUAACUUUCAGGGAACGUUGUACUAUACAGUAGGAAAAUGGAAUAUCACUCAGGAGUUUAUGAAUAAAUUACCUCUCGCUGCUACGGUCCUUGGAAAUCAUGAAUUUGAUGAUGGUAUUGACGGAAUUGUUCCUUUUCUUAAAAGUAUGACUACCCCAGUGAUUUGUUCUAACAUCGAUGAUGCUGGAGAACCGGAUAUUCAAGGAACUUACAAGAAAAGUGUUGUAAUUGAAAGGAAUGGCAAGAAAAUUGGUAUCAUCGGUGUCCUUUAUAGCGAAACUAAUACGAUUUCAAGUUCAGGAAAUUUGGUGUUCUUGCCAGAAUCGGCCAGUGUCAAUGCUGAAGCUGAACGUUUAGUAAAAGAAGAAGGUGUAUUCACAAAUAUAGUUUUAUCUCAUGUAGGUUACGAUAUCGAUCAGCAAAUUGCUGCAAAUGCUACUGGAAAAAUUGGUCUUAUCGUUGGAGGUCAUUCAAACACUUUCUUGUAUACCGGAGACAAUCCACCUGGCCCGGACACUCCUGCUGGACCAUAUCCAACAAUAGUCCAAAGUACAGCCGGUAAAAAUGUGCAUAUUGUUCAAGCCUCAGCCUACACCAAAUAUUUGGGUAACAUUAAAGUUAGCUACAAUAGUGAAGGUGACGUUGUUGCUUCCAAUGGUGCACCGAUUUAUUUGGAUAACAGUCUACCUAAAAAUGCCGAAAUCGACGCAGCCCUAGCACCAUGGACCGCCCUUGUUGAAGCUCAAGGGUCAGUGGUUCUUGGUUCCACGUUGGUCACAUUAUCAAAAAGUGAUUGCUUUUCCAAAGAAUGCACUUUGGGUAAUUUUAUAACUGACGCUUUUGUUUUUGCUUACACUCAACAUGCAGAUAACGGUUCCUGGACUAGAGCACCGAUUGCUUUCAUGAACUCUGGCGGUAUUCGUACUGAUAUUCAAGUUGGAAAUAUUACCUAUAGUGAUCUUAUUCUGGCUCAACCAUUUGCAAACACUGUAGAUUAUGGAGAGUUACAGGGUGUUCACCUCAAAGCGCUUCUUGAACAAGCUGGUAGAGCUUUCAAUAAUCAAAGACUCAUGUCCGAGUUGAGCUUGUUACAAGUUUCUGGGAUCCACGUCGUCUACAACAUAUCAAAGCCCAUAGGUGAACGUGUGGUAGAUGUUAAAGUGCGUUGUCAAAGAUGUGAAAUCCCUGUCUAUGAAGAUUUAGAUUUGGAAGCUGUUUAUAGCAUAGUAGUUCCAUCGUUCUUAGUAGGAGGUGGUGAUGACUUUACAGCUCUAACAGAUAAUUUGAAAAAUCUUAUAAUUGGACAAACCGACACUGAUAUUUUUAGAGAAUAUCUCAAAAACAGAUCGCCGAUUUUCGAAGAGGAACAAGGAAGGAUUACAGUGAUUAGUGAUCACAAAAUUGAGACCAGAGGAUUUGAAUAAAACAAUAAUAUAUAAUUUCAAAUAAAUUCAACUAUAUUUACUAAUAAGUGUUUUAUGAAAAUCCUGAAAUGGCAUCUCUAUGAAAAG